CGAGGGGGAGGUGAAGGGGGACUGAAUUGGACUGGCCCGGUUCACUUUCACCGCAGAGCCUGCAACUGGACUGGGACAGCGGAAGCCCGAGGAGAGGACCUGUGGGCGGGAUUAAGAGGAACAACGUGGACCAGAUUAUCGGGGAUCCCCUUUUGGAUUGGGAUACACAGGGACACUGGGCGGGGAGGGGGCCCGCAUGAUUCCUCACAAUCAGGCUGUAAUGAUGGUGGUGAUGCACCGUGAGCAGAGCGGUGGAUUCCUGCAGAGCCCGACACACUGCACCGCAACCCCGCAACCGAGCGUGAGCUGCUGCAGGGUUAGACGUUUCUGCUUCUCUCCAUCUGAGCCUCACCAACACAAAACCGGAUUUUCAGACCUGAGCGUCACCCAAACAACCGCUUAACAGUCUACCUUGCAAGAUCCAUUCAUACUCCACCCCGUCUGGGGGAUGAGUCGGGGAUUUGCAGCGGACGGAGAGAGCAGCUUUACCGCAGCGGUUUCGAGGUGCAUGCACCGGUUGUUUUGAGCCGUGCAAUAGACAAGAGGGGGAAAGAUGUUGGUGCGAUGCUACCGAGGAAAGCUGUCGGUGUGGGCCGCUCUGUGCGUGCUAGUGCUCUGCUGGUUUUACAUUUUUCCCGUCUACAGACUCCCUCGCGAUAAAGAAAUAGUGGAAGAGGUGCUGAGGCAGGGGGAAGUAUGGCAGAAGAACCAGACGGGCAUCGAUUUGUACAGGAAGUUGCUGACUGAGUGCUGCGAUCCGAGAAAGAUGUUUGCUGUGACCAAGGUGAACUCGCCGAUGGGCAAGGUCCUGUGGUACGAUGGCGAGUUUUACCACUCGCGCACCGUCAACAAUGAGACCUACCCUCUCUUUGUGCAGGAAAACCCUCUGCAGCUGCCCCUGAAAAAGUGCGCGGUGGUGGGCAAUGGUGGAAUUCUCCGGCACAGCAAAUGUGGACGGGAAAUUGACCAGGCCGACUUCAUCCUGCGGUGCAACCUUCCACCGCUUUCAAAGGACCAUGUGGAGGAUGUGGGAACCAGAACACAUCUGGUAACAGCCAACCCCAGCAUCAUAGAGAAAAGAUUUCAGAACCUUCUGUGGUCGAGAAAAGCUUUUGUUGACAGUAUGAAGGUCUACGGCUCCAGCUACAUCUACAUGCCAGCGUUUUCUAUGAAGCCUGGAACCGACCCGUCACUGCGAGCGUAUUACGCCCUGGCGGACACCUCCUCCAACCUCACCAUGCUCUUUGCCAACCCAGAAUUCCUGCGCACGGUGGGUAAAUUCUGGAAAGCCCGCGGCGUGCAUGCCAGACGCCUCUCCACGGGGCUCUUCCUAGUCAGCUUGGCCUUGGGGCUGUGCGAGGAAGUGACGGCCUACGGCUUCUGGCCGUUUUCCGUUGGCCUGGACGAGCAGCCGGUCAGCCACCACUACUACGACAACAUCCUGCCAUAUAAGUGGUUCCAUGCCAUGCCUGAGGAGUUUGUCCAGCUAUGGCAGCUGCACAAAAGCGGCACAUUGCGCAUGAGAGUGGGAUGCUGCCCCCCUCAGGAUGGAGGUAGUUAGGGCUUCCUGAUGAGUGAAGCUAUAGUCAGUUUAGUAGGCUACAGGAAGUGGAUGAAGACAUUUAGAUUGUGAAGUGGCAGGAAGUUGUGCGCAUAUUUCCACUGAGGAACCUCGGCACUGCAUUUGUGUCCAUACACACUCCUGCUGUCCCCUCCCCUAGUUAAUCCCUAAUUAUCAUGAGAAUGUCCUCCACCGAGUCCAGCUGCAUCAGGGACAGAAUACAAACUGACACAUGCAGCCAAACACACACACACAUUCCCCAAAUUUGCCAUACCUCCUCUUCUAUUUUCUGAAAUUGUGUCUGUGCAUGGAUGUUUGUUGUGGAAAGCCUCAGCUGGGAUUGAAAGUGUUUGUGGUUGGAUGGGUAGGGGAUGUUUUUAUGUUGUUUCUUCUGUGUACUGACCACUGUAUCUGACUGACAUAUGGGGCAGCUGGACCAAACCCCCCUCUGGGUCUUUGUUAAACAGAGACAGAAGGAGUGGAGGACCAGGGGGAAUAAUAAAAGGUACUGAAAGACAGGCGAAAUACGAACAAGAGAGAGAUAAUGGUAUCCUGGUACCUAGAAGCUUGAAUAGGACUGAAAUUUAAUGGAGGGGGGAGAGACUCGCAGGGGGGAGAAAGAGUGAAAGCUGGCUGGUAUGUGUAUGAAAGGAUUUUUCCCUCUCUACUUUUCUUCAACCAAGCGCUUGAUUGGCAUUCACUGUUGCCAAAAAGAGCUUCAGUUCAGGAGCCAUUAGAAAUGGAGUCUUAAGUACUAUACACCACAGAAUGUUUAGCCACUGGAGAGGGACAUUGAGUACACCCUGGUGUCCACGUAUUGUUUUUUGCCAAAUGUGAUUUUCGGGAUUAAUGUGGAAAGAAAAAUGUCCAGUGGCCAUGAAGUGAAGAAAGCAUUAUCCAAAUAUAUAAUCAGAAAUUAACAUUUGUUGCAAAGGUAUCUCACCUGGAAGUGGACAUCGCCACCAACUAUUUGGUACGAUUCCCUCUCACGAAGGCUCCUUGGGUAAAAAUAAAAUAAAAAACAGCCCUGCUUCUUUAGAGGUUACCAAGUCAUCUCUUGGAAUCGGUACUUGCCAAGCCAAGUGAACAGUGCUCUCUUUGAUGCCCACUCUCGCACUGUCCUUGUUUUCUCAGAUGGCGAGACACUGAUAUAAAGAGAGGUAGUGACAGAAAAAGACUUGAGGACUCAAUGUCACAAAGUGGCAUUUUAAUGCCUGACUUUUUCUUUCAACGCUGAACACCUUAUUGGGUAAAUCGUGAAUUAUUCAUGUGGUUAUUAUCAUUUUUGCAUCUGGGUGCAGGAAGAACUGAGCCUCUGUCCUGUGCUUCUUUUAUAAUUGUGAUUUGUUUGUUUCUUUUUUUUUAUGCACAAGGGAAAAACAACUCGCUCAUGUAGAAGCCAACACGACAGACACGACAGUUUUUGUUUUGUUUUUACUUGCAGGCCUUGCAGAUGGGAAACUUGAUUAGAAAUUACUUUCUGUUAUUUAAGAGUGAUAAAUGUGCUCGUGCCAUAUUGUCGAUACUGUAACAAAGGAUGACUGCAUGGAAAGUGCAUGGAGCGUACCACAAACCUUGAAAAGACUCCUUGGAGUCAAGGUACAGAACAUGUCGAUAGUUUAGUGCUUUCUGCUUUUAUUUUACUCCUUUUAGGUCCAGUGCCUUUUGAGCUGUAUUAAAGGCAAAAAGGAUAACUUAAACGAGGGAUAUUUCUAAUGCUGACCAUGCUCUUCAUUGUGUUUUGAUUUGUUUGCCUCUGCGGAUCAAUCGAUACGUGAUAGUGACCCCGCCGGAUAUUGUGUAAAAUUAACUUAUAGAGAGCUACAUAGUGCUGGACCAAAGUAAUGAAGUGAAACAAAUAAUUUCAUGUCCAAAUGCACAUGUGGCUCUCCGAGACUCGAACUUGAUAAAACACUUUGACCGAUUCGUUUUACCUAUUGUGAUGUUUCUUUGCACUUUUUUUUUAUUUUUCUCUCCUGCCCAGUAUUGUGAAUGAGUGAGAUGUGACAUAUCGGAAUUUUGAUUAAGCAUGAGGAUUUCUAAAUGUGUAUGUGCACAGAUUGUUUUAAUCUAUUUCCAUCACGUUCUGGUUCGUGCCCUCAUUCCAUCUGCUGAGUUUUCUUAUCAAAAGGGAGUUGCAUCUAUCAUGUGACUUCUAAGUCCAUAUUUAAAGUGACAUCAUACGUAUUUAACAGUUUAUCUUAUUGAUCUAGCGUCGAAGAACAUAUAAGAGCAAUAUCACGAUCAUAAAAAAUCAUAUUAAAAAAAUAUCUUGCAUUCCAAUCACAGGUUUCAUAUCAAGAAGUCCACGCCAAUAUUUUCAUAAUCAUGCUUGUUUUUUUAUCGCAUAUUGUUACUAUCACAUCUCUGCUGGAAUAGUGCAUCAUUUUGGGAAAUUCACUUUUUUUUUUGCUGAGAGUUUGAUGAAGAUUGAUACUGUAUGGUAAAUGUGAAGCUAGCAGCCGCUUAGCUUAGCUUAGCGGAAAGACUGGAAACAGGGAGAAACCGCUAGUUUGACUUAAUUUACAUUGAAAGGGAGAUGAUUUGUUGCGCUGAUCUGCCGACAGUGAAACCGCCGAGCUCGUAGCCACACUGGGAGCCUUGAUCUAUCUUUACCGAUACCGUGAAUAAGUUCAGAACAAAUAAAGUUCCAGUCAUUAAGCUAAGCUAACUGGUUGCUGUUCCUUCAUAUUUAUCGCACAGAUGUGAAAAUCCUAAUGUCAAAGUAUUUAUUUAACCGCUGCCAGCGUUAACACGAGGUCUGGGAAAGUAAAGCGGAACAGGACAGAAACUAAAUGGCACGUACACAAUGGCAGUAUUGUCCAUUUUCUUGGACACAUCUAGCAAGCUAAAGUAUGUGUGGCUGCAGGGUGACCAAUUGGUUAGAGUCUAGUCAUGGAAAGGUCACAUGUUUAAUCCACGUAGCAGCCAUAUUACUGGCUGAUCUCUUACAUGAUUAUCACUAUGAGAGCUACCACUGUGUACGUGGCAAAUGAUUAGUUCUGUGGCCUUCUUUCACCUCAUGAUAACGUUUUCUACUGUUUGUUGGGAAAACAUAAAGUUCAUACUGAUGUCAGGUUUAACACAGCAGACAGUCUCUGAUGAAGAGAUGUUCUCGUUGGAAGCCAAGUUUUUCUGUCUUCACCUACAGAGUGAGGUCAUGCUGUGUCACAUUAAAUUACAACCUUAAUAUGAAGUGGGUCAGAUGGCGAAUGCAAAUACAUUUUGGCAUUUGUUUUAAUCCGAUUACUACUGAUUGUUUAGCCAAAAAAAAAAUGAGUUAAAGCCGCUAUCUGAAGGAUUUUUAAUGUGAUUAUAACAUCUUUCAAAUCUUUCUAGUGACUUUUGUCUGUAAAAUAUAAGACGACCAGGGGGAAUAUCGGUUCCAAUUCUACACAAAAUGGCUUUAAAACACUUUAUAUAAACCCCAAACAAAUAUCAAACAUUGAGUAUAUUAUAAAUUGCACUAUAUGCUGAUUAAUUAAUAAUAGUCAUUCAUUUACACAAUUGUAAUUGUGUUGAUGCAGUAAAUUAGGUUAAAACAAAUAAUAAUUUGUAAAGGCUGUUUGACUCAUUCUUUUUUUAUCAAUACCGGUCCAGAGGGCUCAACUUUCUUACAUAUUUAAAUAUUUGAUGUUAUGCCAAGCUUGGUUAUUUUAAACAACAGAUGUAAAUGUGCUUUAUUUGCCUUGACUGACUGAAUUUGUUACUUAAAAAAAAAAAAAAAAACUUCUUGAAAGCAUUGCUGUUUGCGCCGACUGACAUCUUCUCUGCUCAUUCAUGUCAUCUGAUGUGAACAUCCCUGCCUGAGCAUGUUAAAAAUAAAUCAGAACUGCUGUUCAAAAUGGAAGAACCCGAUUGUAUGUGCCACCUGGAUUAAAUUGUGAAGGAUGAAUAAGAAAAAAAACUAAUGAAAACAACCAUAUCCAUAUACAAGGCAAACACUGGUAUCCAAUAAAAGAAGGAAAAUCAAAA